UGUCGACAUACUACCGCUUGGUGUGGUUUGCAAAUUGAUUUCUGUACCUGCCAACAGGUGGCAUUAUCGUAGACGUCAGGGGGACUUUUGAAUUCGAAACAUAAACAAAUCGGUGUAUACAGUAACUACACAGAAUAUGAGAAGCAGAAGGCAUAGCGUGGCAAUGCAUUGCCCCGUCAGUUGCAGUUUUGGGUUGUACAGUGCAAUACUUAUUAUUUUUGCAUUCAUUAGAGCAGAAGAACUUACCGAUCCUCAAAGUUUGAGAGAUCCUACGGUUGUCAUCGCAAUUCUAGUUCGAAAUAAAGCUCAUACAUUGCCUUACUUUCUGACGCUCCUAGAGAGGUUAGAAUACCCAAAAGAUAGGAUAUCAUUGUGGGUAAGAAGCGACCACAAUGAAGAUUCAUCCCUGGAAAUACUAAAGAAGUGGCUGACAACUGUUGAAAAUGACUACCAUUCUAUAAGUGCUGAGCUGUUGUCAUCACCACCCGACCGCUUGCCAGGGGAGAACAGUUCUGUUGCAUGGUCUAAACAAAGAUUUACUCAUGUUAUUCAACUGAGAGAAGAAGCACUAAUGGUAGCGAGAUAUGUGUGGGCAGAUUAUAUAUGGUUUCUGGACUGCGAUGUAUUUCUGACAAAUCCAAAUACACUCCAGCUGCUUGUGCAGGAAAAUCUCACUGUAGCAGCCCCAAUGCUCAGAUCUGAUGGAAUGUAUUCAAACUUCUGGGCUGGUAUGACAGAGGAGUAUUAUUAUCAGCGAACAGAGGAUUACCAGCCUAUACUGUACCGGGAACGUACUGGCUGCUUUUCGGUCCCAAUGGUAAAUUCUGCAACACUGAUAAAUCUAAAGAGAACAGCUUCCACAAAAUUGACAUUCGUGCAGAAUAAAAUUCCUGCUUAUGAUGGACCAUAUGAUGACAUUAUUACCUUUGCCAUUGGAGCAAACAAAUCAGGAAUUCCACUUCAUAUUUGCAACACAGAACCAUUUGGGUACAUCAGUAUACCUCUUGGAGAUGAAGCAAAGCUUGAGGAUGAUUUUCUCCAGAUAACUAAUGUAAAGGUGUCAGCAAUUGCUGACGGUGCUGACUUUCCAAUAAAUGACAUUUUUCUGGACUACCUUAUUUACCCACAGCCAGAUGCAAUGGGCUUUGAUGAAGUUUAUAUGAUCAAUUUACAAAGACGCCCAGAAAGGAGGAAAAAAAUGCUGAAAUGUUUCCAGGAAUUAGGUAUUGCAGCAAGUAUCAUUGACGCUGUCGACGGAAAAGAGCUUACCGAUGAGUCCCUGAAGGAGUUGGACGUCCGUUUUCUGCCAGCUUAUGAAGAUCCUUACCACAAGAGGCCAAUGACGAUGGGAGAAGUGGGAUGCUUCCUCAGCCACUACCUCAUAUGGAAAACGGUGUUGAAAGGUGGUUACGAGAAAGUCAUGGUGCUAGAGGAUGACAUUCGUUUCGAAUCGUAUUUUCGUCAUCGAGUGGCGAACAUCAUGCGGGAUUUGGAGGAAGAAGACAUCGAAUGGGACCUCAUAUACCUGGGACGCAAGAGGAUGCAGGAAGCCGAGGAGCCGUUUGUGGAGGGCAGUGACAACCUGGUGAAGGCCAGCUACUCCUACUGGACGCUGGGGUACCUGCUGAGCCGGCAGGGCGCCCGCAAGCUGGUGGACGCCAAGCCGCUCGACAAGCUCAUGCCCGUGGACGAGUACCUGCCCGUCAUGUUCGACAAGCACCCCAAUGAUACAUGGAGGGAAUACUUCCCAAAUCGAAACCUGAUAGCAUUUUCAGCUGAGCCUCUGCUUGUCUACCCAACACACUACACUGGUGAAGAAGGCUAUAUUAGUGACACAGAGGAUUCUGCAGUAGUGAAGGAACCAGAGAAGCAUUAUCAUGUUACAGGAGAAGAGCUGUAAACAAGUUCCAUUAUAGAAAGAUAGUAUCCUGUCAUUUUACAGUUUUCAUAUAGUCAGAACUCAACAUUUAUGUAAGGAAUAAAAUUUUCAUUAUAUCACUACUGACCAGCUACACUGUUGUUUACAAAAAUGUAUGGUUUGUCUGUCCACACACACACACACACACACACACACACACACACACACACACACACACACACACACAC